AUGACGCGUAAGCGCAGGAAUGAUAAUUCAGGUAGUUCAGAGAAGUCACGCUCUUUAGGCAGUCGUCGAUCCACUUCACCCUCAACUUCGCGUACUCAUUCUUCACGUUUUCAUCCCACGCAUUUCUCCACUUCUUAUGGUGUUGUAAAUAACCAUCUGAAAAAAAAACACUCCGUGUCAACUUUGAAGAGAAGUCAUACAAAAGAGAAAACAGAAGAAAGUCGAAAUUCAUACAGCAGACGUAGUUUGCAGAAAAGGAUGGGGAAAGAGUUAAACGAAGGAAUCGAUAGGAAAUUGUCAACUAGUAAUACAAAGGAAGAAAGAUUCAAAAGAAAUCAUUCUGCUCAGCUACAAGAUUCAUUUGGUGAAUACCUUCGUGGUGAUCAUGAUAGCAAAGAAGAACCGAAGGUUGAAAAAGAGAAGCCUAAUUUUGAACCAAGCGGGAAAUUAGCUGAAGAUACCAAUACUUAUCGAGGUGUUCUUAUCAAAUACAAUGAACCAUCCGAUGCACAUAUACCAAAAUUACGUUGGCGUCUUUAUCCUUUUAAGGGCGAUGAAGCAUUACCUGUGCUGUAUAUUCAUCGACAAUCAGCAUAUCUUAUUGGACGUGAUCGUAAAAUCGCUGAUCUUCCAGUGGAUCAUCCUAGUUGUUCCAAGCAGCAUGCUGUCUUUCAGUAUCGUCUUACGCCAAAAGAUUUGCCUGAUGGAACAACUGUAAAGCGUAUACGACCUUACAUAAUAGAUCUUGGUUCAGCGAAUGGUACAUAUCUUAAUAAUGAACGCAUUGAAUCACAGCGAUUCAUAGAGUUGCGAGAGAAGGAUGUAUUGAAAUUUGGAUUCAGCACACGAGAAUUUGUAUUACUUAAUGAGAAAUCACAUGAUGAGGAGGACAUGGAGACGGUAAAGAAGGUAGAGCUAUCAUCUUCCUGA